AUGGUGAUGUUCAGCGCGGCACGGGUGGAAGAAACCGUCGUGGGCGACGGUUAUGAAAUAGAGCGGGUGAAGGAGGAGCCAUGCGAGGAGCCCUGGUGCUCCGACACGGGAUGUGAAGGCCCCGGGCACUAUGAACAGGAUGAGACAGGGCUUGUGCCGGACCACGGACAGUCUACAGUGGAUAAAGUUAAAGUCGAAGAGGAAGAGGUGAAGGAUGAAUCAGUAUGCAAGGAGGAGCCCCCGGGCUCCGACACAGGCCCCUGUAGCCCCGGGCCAUACUCCGCGCAGGCAGAGCUUGCACCCGAGCUGUAUAUAGAGACCCAGCAUAGAGUUGCAAACCAAACAGGAUUCACCAAAAAUCCACUGCAGAAGUGCGAAGUUCAACACAUGUCCAUCUCUGACCAGCACCGAUUACCAGAGAGUCAGGCACAGAACGCUGCUGAUCAACGAAUGGCUGUAGCGGGGACUCCGCAAGACAUCGACCAAGUCUUCGAAUGCGAGACAUGUGGCAAAACAUUCAAUCAAAUAUUCUACUUUACCUCACACAUGCAACUACACGAGUACAACUUGAAAAUCGUUGAAACGAAAACAAAAACAUACUCCUGCAACUCAUGCGGAAAACAAUUCGAAACUAAUAAGCUUUUAGGUGAGCACGAGUUGACACACGUGACCCGUGACUACCGGUAG